GUACGGCACGAGAAUUUUGGAAGAGCAUCCCAAAGCAAAGAUGCACGAGCAAUGCGUUCAGAUCAAACUUGCCCAUCGACGAACUCCACCAAAGAACCCAGCGCAUUCAACCCACGGUGGCAGUGAACAGUGUAUCAGGUUGGAUUCCUCGAAGUCGCUAAUCUGUCUCAGUUCAGAUAGACAAACCAGAAUUAUGGAGGUCGGAAAUCCACAGUGCAACGGAAGACCUAGGGGAACAACGAGGCCCCAACCUCUCAGUCAGUCAUCCAGAAAAAAGAAGGACAAUGAGGCAAUUGCAGUACGAAACCAAGUUGUGCAGAAGAACUCUAUCUUGGCCGAGUGCCGUUCAAAACAGCACGCGACAGUGGUACAAAAACGCGUUGGCGCUCGUCAUCUACAAAGAGCGCGCACAUUUUUCGACCCUUUCAGUGGGAUACACAUUUCCCAGCAAACCCUUACCGCUGAAGCUGGAAGUUAUCGACGAAUCCAUUUAUGGGGCGCUGCAUUAUGCCCUGCCGUCAUAAAUCGAAGGAGAUCCGGCAAACACGUGUCUCGAUGUCACUUGUCGAAAAGCGACCUUGCGUUAAGCUAUUCCAAACUAACCACUGAGUCAGAAGCACUUGAGUUGCAAGAACUGAAGGUCUCUUGCGAUUCCCUACAGCCAACAGCAAUCGAACAAGCAGCAGACAGUUUGUCUAACUAUUGUGCUCAAUCGGUGAUGGUGUUAUGCGGUGAAGUCACAGUUUACUCCGAUGUAUGCUCAAAACUCUCCGUGGUGCUCUCUGCUCACAGGACCCCAGUAUUAACGUUGUUCUUCAAGCUUCAUGCUCUCGCUGCAGUGGCGGAAAUUCGCAGCAACCUUAACAAGAUGCACUUGCCGAUUUCACUGGAAAAGGAACUCUGCAACAUUGUAACUAAACAGAAAUUCAAAAUUUGGUGCAUCACUAAGCAAUUCACAGUGACUAUCAACAGUCUGUCACCUACAUUCCAUUCCACAUCCUCGCUGGCAAGUCAGGCCCCAUUGGCGCUUUGUGUUCCACAACUCAUGAAUUCCAUUCAGCAGCAUACGCCUCAUCUGCUGUUUGCGCAGGAGGUCUGGAAUGGUGAGCAAGGUGAGAUAAACGAACUAGGAGAAGAAUUCGCACAAGCUGCAAUUGAUAUCUAUUUUGAAUCGCUCACAACUAGUAAAGAGGAGGAUGGGUCAAUCUGUUCCCAGUACACCACAUCCGUUUCAAUCCCCUUAUCCAAAGAGUCCAAUCCGUACGCAGAGGCCGCGGACGUGUCAGACGCGUCCUCAUCGUUCUGUGCGAAAAGCAUUGACGACAAUUAUGAGCCAAUUGAUUCACCGCCCCACGAGGAGGAAUUCGAUUGGUCGGUAUAUUAUCACCAUGGUAGACGACUUACGCAAUAUAAUCCACCAGAACUGGAGCCCAUUUCGGGUAUUCGGUCUGCUCCAACCAGGCUGGAAAACAUGUGGGACACAUUUGGACAAUUACUUAUGCCUUACUUCAUUCCGUACAGCUGAGCACAAUACGAUGACCCAGAUGAGUUUGCGUUCUCAACCAUGCGAGAAUAUAACCGUUGGGAGGAUCACGUCCUUCCUUCUCUGAGGAAGCUUAUAAUGUCGCGAACUCCACGAGACGCUUACCAUCCGUUUCGUCGCAUUUAUGAACAAAUAACCUCCCGCCGCUCGGGGAAUUAGUUUACAUAACUUAAAUUUUGCCAUCAGUUCACCGCUGUGUUUGUGAUGCUUUAAUAAAACACACGAGGCCAUCGUGAGUCGCGUC